AAGCAUGUUACAGUGUCCUUCCUUCUCAGAGUGCGAUUGUGCGCCAGCGUGAACGGAUCGCAGCAUGUCCGGAAAGAUUUUCUUGCGCUUGCUGGCUCUCUGCGGUGCCGUCUCCGCUCAGUCGCUAGUGGAGAACCAGGCGAGGGACUUCCUGGAGAAGUUCGACGAGGAGGCCAGCGCGCGCAUGUACCAGUACUCGCUGGCAUCGUGGGCCUACAACACCGACAUCACAAAAGAGAACUCGGACAAAUUGUCCAUAGCGGGUCAAAUGUGGGGCAAGUUCUACACCGAAAGGUCAGAGGAGGCUCAGAAAUUCCCCAUUAACCAAAUCAAGGACGCUCAAAUCAAAUUACAGCUCAUCUCACUACAAGACAAAGGUGCCGGUGCUCUGUCACCGGAUAAAGCUUCACACCUGAGCAAGAUCCUGAGCGACAUGAGUACCAUCUACAGCACGGCAACCGUGUGCAUGAUGGACGACCCGCUUAACUGUCAGACUUUGGAGCCAGGCCUGGAACACGUGAUGGCCACCAGCCACAACUACUCUGAGCUUCUGCACGUGUGGGAGGGAUGGAGGAGAGAGGUGGGGAAGAGGAUGAGGCCUCUGUACGAAGAUUAUGUACUUCUGAAGAACGAAGCCGCCAAACAGAACGGGUUUGAGGACUAUGGCGCUUACUGGAGAUAUAACUACGAGACUAUUGACGAGAAAAGUCCGUACGAUUACACCGGGGAUCAGCUGAUGGAAGACGUACGCUCCAUCUAUCAACAGAUCCUGCCAUUAUACAAGGAGCUUCAUGCUUAUGUGAGGGCGAAGCUCAUGAAAGUCCACAAAGGCCACAUUGAUGAAGAAGGACCUCUGCCAGCCCAUCUCCUGGGCGACAUGUGGGGAAGAUUCUGGACUAACUUGUAUCCUCUGUCAGCGCCCUACGAGGGUGAGAUUGAUGUCAGCAAAACAAUGGUGGCACAGGGCUGGACUGAGCGUCGACUAUUCAAAGAAGCGGAGGAUUUCUUUAUGUCGGUGGGCCUCGACAAAAUGUUUGACAACUUCUGGACCAACUCCAUGCUGGUGAAGCCUGAGGAUGGACGCAAAGUGGUCUGUCAUCCCACAGCCUGGGACAUGGGCAAUCGAGAGGACUUCAGGAUCAAAAUGUGCACUCAAGUCAACAUGGACAACUUCCUGACGGUGCACCACGAGAUGGGCCACAACCAGUACCAGAUGGCUUACCGAAACCAGCCCUACCUCUUGAGAGACGGCGCCAACGAGGGUUUCCACGAGGCUGUCGGGGAGAUCAUGUCCCUCUCUGCUGCCACACCCAAGCACCUGCAGGGCCUUGGCCUCCUGCCUUCUGACUUCACCUAUGAUAACGAGACAGAGAUUAACUUCCUGCUCAAGCAGGCGCUAACCAUUGUGGCCACUCUGCCUUUCACCUACAUGCUGGAGGAGUGGAGGUGGCAGGUCUUUGCGGGAAACAUCCCCGAGGAUAAAUGGAUGGAGCGCUGGUGGGAGAUGAAGAGGGAGCUGGUCGGCGUGGUGGAGCCGGUGCCGAGAGAUGAGACAUACUGUGACCCCGCUGCUCUGUUCCAUGUAUCUGGAGACUAUUCCUUCAUCAGGUACUUCACAAGAACCAUCUACCAGUUCCAGUUCCAAAAAGCCCUUUGUCUUGCUGCCAAUCAGUCUGAUGCGUUGUCUUCGUGUGACAUUACCGGUUCAACAGCAGCAGGCACCAAGCUCAGGAACAUGCUAGCGUUGGGUCGCUCCCAGUCGUGGACCAGGGCUUUACAUACAAUAUCUGGAGAUAUUAAGAUGGAUGCCAGGCCACUGCUGGACUAUUUCCAAAAACUUAACGUAUGGCUUAAGGAGGACAACAAGAAACACAACCGCACUGUUGGCUGGGAUGCAGCAGUAGAGCCAUAUUCCAAUUAUGCCAUCAAAGUGAGGCUGAGUUUAAGAAUGGCCAUGGGUGAUGAAGCUUAUUCUUGGAACUCCAAUGAGCAGUACCUGUUCAGGGCUAGUGUGGCUUACGCUUUGAGGCAAUACUACAGCCAAAAGAACAUCACUCUUCUCUUCACAGCGGACAACGUCAUAACAUAUAAACAAACGCCCAGGAUUUCCUUCUACAUUGUGGUUACCGAUCCUAAGAAUCCCUCCGUAUACGUCCCAAAAGAAGAUGUGAAGGCAGCCAUACGACUAUCCCGAGGCCGACUCAACGACGCUUUCCAACUGGACGACAAGACGCUGGAGUUUGAGGGUAUCCCAGCAACCCUCUCACCUCCUGUGGAGCAACCGGUGGAAGUGUGGCUGGUGGUGUUUGGAGUGAUCAUGGGAGUGGUGGUGCUAAUGGGGCUCUUUCUCAUCAUCUCUGGCAUCAGAGAGCGCAGGAAGAAGUCGAAAAACAUGGGAGUGGAAAAUCCUUACGAGCCUGACGGACACACCAACAGAGCCUAUGAGGACAGUAGUGAUGAGCAAACCGGUUUCUGAGGAAUGGUGCAGUCUUCAUCGACUUCUCUAAGCAAAUAGAAGGAAAAAGUUGACCUUAGUUGGACAUGCGGCCUCUUCUAAACAUCAUCAUAAGACUUCCAAGGUGGAAACUUAUUUUUGGGCUUUCACAGACACUUAUAGAUAGUAUCAUGGACAAUUACACUACUCUCAAAAAAAUUCACACAGAAUGCAAUCUCCCACUUAUAUUUUUUAAAAGCUCUGUACUAUGUUCUAAAAUACUUACAUAGCAAUAUGGGAGAGCCUCACAUACCUUGAAAUAGAUUCCUGGCUUUCUUUCAUGUUGUUAAGGUGGAUUUAUUUAUUCCGACUAUGUAGGCUGUUUAAUGUAUAAUUAAAAAAAAUAAUAAUUAUUAUGCUGAUUAUAUAUAAUGCCUCAAUAUAAUUGUACCGUGGAAUGUAAAGAGAGUUUGUAGAUGAGUACAAUUGUCUAUUUGUGUAAUGGCAAGCGUGUUUUCAUUGUGUCAAUUUAGUUUACAAUUAAAAAAAAAAAAUCAUACCUCACGUGAGACGGGCACAAAUGUAGAAUAUUCAUUAAAAGCACUAUUACUUGAUAGCAGUAUUUUAUAACAGUAGUUUGGGAUGCCGGCACGACUGGUUAACACAUCUGCCUCACAGUUCUGAGGACCGGUGUUCAAAUCCCGGCCCCGCCUGCGUGGCGUUUGCGUGUUCUUCCUGUGCCUGGGUGGGUUUUCUUCUUUUUGAAAUUUGGGAUAAUGCAUAGAUGGAUGGAUGGUUCAUUAAAGGAUCAAUAAAUA